AUGAAGAGAGUAAAAUAUUCUCCAUUUAAAGAAUCAGAAAAUGUUAGUUUAGGUGAAAUUAAAAAGAAAUUUAACAGGUAUAUGAAAAUACAUUCUUUUAACAAUUCAGUCAUCAAGUAUGUACUGACACAUAAAUACUAUAAAGAACUUUUUGCUUAAUACUAUGAAGAUGGAAGCUUAGAAAUGUGGGUUAACAAAAGCAAGGUAGCCAACAAAGAAAUGCUCAGAAAUUGGGUUAAUCAUUUAGUUUAAUGUAUUAAAAAUCCUUCAUUGUUAGAUUAAUUUACUAGCAAUCAACCAAACACUAAAAGCCAAAAUACUUUAAUUGAAAAUUUUUGA